AUGUUUGAUUCACUAUUGACAAAUUUUCCUUCCAUCUUUGGUGGAGAUGGAUACGAGGAGCAGUCUGGAAAAGUUGCAGUCACUGCCAAAGACACCAUUCGUGGUGUUGUCAACGAAUGUGGAAUUCAAUCGUUCGCUUUCUCCGGGAUGCAGGGCUGGAGGCUGACUAUGGAGGACGCACAUAUGGCGUGUUCUCCAAUUCCAGUACACAACUGUCCUGAGCCACUUUCUGAAGGGCAUGCCAUCUUCGGGGUAUUCGAUGGCCACGGUGGAGACUUCACAUCAGAAUUUGCGGCUGCAAACUUUCUUGGACACUUCUCAAGGAGUGCCAAACUUAGACACUACAUUCAUUUGAACUCUAUUGAACAAGGCGAUGUUACCGGGAUAUCCAUGCUGCGAGCAGCUCUGAAGGAAACAUUCGUAAACUUGGAUGCUGACAUUCGGACCCAACAGAAGAAGAAGAACGACAAGAUCUUGGCAGGAAUCAAAAAAACAUCAGCAAAUGGACAAGUCGACCUCGUGAAGGCAAGGAAAUUUAUCGAACGAUCUGGCUCAACUUGUGCUGUCGUCCUGUUGACCCCGUCACACAUCAUUUGUGCCAAUGCGGGUGAUUCUAGAGCCAUUCUUCAAAGGGGCGGCAAAGUCCUCCCCCUAAGCUUUGAUCACAAGCCUAGCAACAUUCCAGAAUUGCAGCGCAUAGAAAACGCUGGAGGAACUGUCAAGAACAAGCGCAUAGAUGGAGAUCUUGCUGUAAGUCGUGGCCUGGGAGACUAUGCUUACAAGAAGGCAAAUCUACGACCCGUUAGCAUGCAAAAGGUCAUUCCCGAUCCAGAGUUUGUUGUCUAUCCAAGGAAGCAAGACUUGGAUGAAUUCAUUGUUUUGGCAUGCGAUGGAGUAUGGGAUGUCGCAACGAACGCAGAGUGCGGACAAUUCAUCCAGGGAAUGAUGGACGACGGUCAUACUGACAUCGGGGCGAUCUGUGAAAAUGCCAUUGACAUCUGCCUGAAGAAGAAUAGUCGCGACAAUAUGACGUUAGGUGUUAUAACUAUGGAUGCCGUCAAGUUUGGCACUGCUGGAUUGACACUGGGCAAUGCCACUCGUCAAGCUAAGGAGGCAGCAGAAGCGGCAACUCGCGCUGCCGCUGAUGUUGCUUCUACAUUCAUGACAGUCAAGUAA